UGUUGAGAAAGCAAUUGGACGUCGCUGCAGCUGCGCUUGACCGUCUCCUUACUGCCCAUUUUUCUUUUUGUUAAAUAUUUUGUUUUCCGAGCCGCGCCGAAACGCACUCCACCCGUCAUCUUGUCUACUCGCAAAAAAGCAGCAGAUUUCUGCUGAUGCAGUGAUGUCUGGAAAUGUCAAGGGCUUGCUUAUUGCCCCUUAAUGUAUCUCCCCCCCUGAAUUGCAGCGCAGGAUUUUCUCCUGCGGUAUACUGUAAGCUCACACCGCUGUGCCACCGCGCAAGCAACUCCGACGCUGUAGGUUCGCUCCUUUUUACGUCCCAGGCUUUUCUCAUUAGAGUCACCUGAUUUUCAUUGUGUUUUAUCCCUUCUUGGUUCACUCUGAGACGGAAGCGGUUAGAAUGGUGAUGAGGUCAGUCAUACAGGCUUUUUUCUACUAGGUGCGAUGUAAAGUUGCCACAGAUCGCCAAGUGCUGCUCUGCCGGUGGAUGGUUUUACUCGAGGAUAAGACGCCUUCAAGAUCUUUAACCAUCAACCUACGAGGCAGCAGUAACAACAGCAGCAGAUGCACUGGAGAGCAGCAAUGGUCAAGUCAGCGAGAACCGCAGUGGAGCCGCACUGAGGCAAAGCAGCCAACCAGUCCCUCGUAUCUGGGGACGUCUCCAACUAUUUAAGUGGUGUGGGAAGCUGAGGAGUGGAAAAUUCACCCUGAACCUGAAUGCCUGCUCUCUCAGACUAACCGGCAUCCCAAAACAGCUCCUCCUCCUUGUCCUCUUCCUCUUCCACCUCCUCCUCCUCCCAAAAUGACCGUAGUAGCAGGAGAUAACAUGGACGAGACCUCGGCUGUCCCUGGCCACCCUCAGGACACCUACCCCCCAGACCACAAUGACCAUGAAUGCUGCGAGAGGGUGGUCAUCAACAUAGCUGGUCUCCGGUUUGAGACGCAGCUGAAAACUCUCUCCCAGUUUCCAGAGACGUUACUUGGCAACCCCAAAAAGCGCAUGAGGUACUUUGAUCCCUUGAGAAAUGAAUACUUCUUUGACAGAAACCGCCCCAGCUUUGAUGCUAUCCUCUAUUACUACCAAUCUGGGGGUCGGCUGAGAAGACCUGUGAAUGUCCCUUUGGAUAUGUUCUCAGAAGAAAUCAAGUUUUACGAGCUCGGAGUGGAGGCCAUGGAGAAGUUCCGUGAAGAUGAAGGUUUUAUCAGGGAGGAAGAGCGGCCUUUACCUGAGAAAGAGUUUCAGCGCCAGAUUUGGCUCCUCUUUGAGCAUCCAGAGAGCUCAGGCACUGCGAGAGGGAUUGCCAUUGUGUCUGUGAUGGUCAUUCUGAUUUCAAUAGUCAUAUUUUGUUUAGAGACAUUACCACAGCUCAAAGAGGAUCCAAUGGGUCGGUUUGAGAGAGUGGGGAACACUACUAUUUAUUACAAGCCAAAUAUCCUCACAGACCCCUUCUUCGUCAUUGAGACACUCUGCAUUAUCUGGUUCUCGUUUGAGUUGAUAGUGCGCUUCUUGGCAUGCCCAAGCAAGCCAGCCUUCUUCAAGAACAUGAUGAACAUGAUCGACAUAGUGGCUAUCAUCCCCUACUUCAUCACACUAGGCACUGAGCUGGCUGAAGACCCAGAGAGCGAGGGAGUGGGGGAGCAGGCAACAUCUCUGGCCAUACUCAGGGUGAUCCGUCUGGUCAGGGUGUUUAGGAUCUUCAAGCUGUCACGACACUCCAAAGGUCUGCAGAUUUUGGGGCAGACCCUCAAGGCCAGCAUGCGAGAGCUCGGAUUGCUGAUCUUCUUUCUGUUCAUUGGAGUCAUCUUGUUCUCCAGUGCUGUCUACUUUGCCGAAGCAGAGGAGCAAGGAUCCUACUUUGGCAGCAUCCCAGAUGCAUUUUGGUGGGCUGUUGUGUCUAUGACAACUGUGGGCUAUGGGGACAUGGUCCCGGUCACUAUAGGAGGCAAGAUUGUAGGUUCUCUGUGCGCCAUUGCUGGAGUGUUGACAAUUGCGCUCCCAGUGCCUGUCAUUGUGUCCAACUUCAACUACUUCUACCACAGGGAAACAGAGGGAGAGGAGCAGGCCCAGCUGCUCAAUGUCAGCAAUCCCAACAUCCCCUCUGAAACCAAUUCCAGCCGCCGUAGUUCAUCAACCGUUAGCAAGUCAGAAUACAUGGAGAUUGACGGAGACAUAAACAAUAGCAUCGACAACUUUAGGGAGGCAAAUCUCAGAACUGGCAAUUGCACUAUAGCCAACCAAAACUGUGUAAAUAAAAGCAAGCUGCUUACAGAUGUUUAGACAUAAUUUAGGAACUCUGGGAUCUCUGUGGGACUGUCAUAUGUGGAGUAGACCAUCACUUAGAAAUGCUUCAUUUACCUCCCCAAAGCGCUCUAUGGCAUUAGGCCUACAACUAUGCUCAACUAUAUAGAAAGGAAACAGAAAAAAACAAAGCUGAGUAUAUGAAAGGUAGAUAGAAUAAUUAAUUCUACUGAUUCCUUCAAAUAUAUAGGUAUAUUAAAAAGAAAAUGCUAUUCACAGCGCCCUGGAGGACGCAGAGCACACACUGUCCUAUCUGACGACAGCGUGAUAAUUCAAAUCUUAUGCAUGGAAUACAGAUAACGUUUCAGCAAGUUGCACAAUGCACCAGAAAAGUCUGCAGAGACAUGCAAGCAUCUGCAGCCAUGUUGUAAACGCCAAGAAGUUAGGUGACCCCCACCUUUCCCUCCACCUUCCCUUCCCCACAAAGGAUCUACUAUUCAGCAAAAGCACCUUAUAGGAAGAAGACUGACUCACUUGUUUGGAUGUAAACAGAUGGUGAUCUAUUCGCUUCGUGGACAUCUGCAAUGCUGCUGUUUUCCAGCAGAUGCUGUAAUUGUGAUAUCACCAAGUGAUUCAAUGCCAUGCCCUUUAGAUGCAACACAGCACAAUGAUAAGUGAGCUUCACAUGAGCAUGAUUAGAGACUUUCCAUUUUGAUAUCGGCAUGCAUGAGACAUAUCUCUCAUAAUGGAAAGGAUGUUCUUUUGGAUACCUGACUCCACCCCUCUUCUCAUCUGUUUUCAUACUGAGUGCACUGGAUGAGUUUUUGAUUUGAAAUGCUAAUCAUGUAGACGUAUAGAAAUUGAAUGUUAAAUCUUAAGGGAUCAGUACAUAAAUGAGAUCAUAGCAUGAAAAAGUAACCUGCAUUAUGGUCUAUCGACUAAGGUACUUUUGUAUCCUGGUAUAUUUAAUGCAUGACAUGAGUAUACAGCUUGUUGCAAUUCAGGCACUUUGCGGUGCCCUAUUGUCAGGGAAACAAAGGAAAUCAAAUUCUAAAUGUUUCUGAAUUGCGAUCAAAUAUAUCCAAACCCACAUUGAGGAUGCAGAGUUUCUAAUUAAAAAGUAGUUGAAGAAACUAAAUAAAUAUUAAAGAUGCAUAUAGUCAUUAUAAGCACCAAUUACAGUAUUACGUCAAGUGCAGUGCAUGGACCUUCUUUGAGCAAGAAAAGUUAACAUAUUAUUAGUCAUGCUUCCAUUUCCACAUAAAAUUUUAGUACAUAUUGGUUUGGAAUCCAAUGAUAAGGAUUUAUCUGGAAUUUCACAUCAUGACAGAGAGAAUUAUUCUGACAUUAGUUGCUAGUGCCUUUAUCCCUUUCACCAACAGGAUCAGUGAAAGUGCCUCUGUGUACAAUGGGAUUAAUAAGGAUGAGCAGAGCUGGUUUACCUUCUGUUUUAGUAUGAGCUGAUACCGAUACUUAAUUAAGAUGUUGAAGAUUUUGAUGAGCCAGAUGAGAAGGCUGAACAGCAGGUGACUGUGAGAGGAAAAAAAAAAAUCAUGACUGUCAUGCACAACCCCGUUUUCAUGCUACCAUGCACUUAAUUAAGCCCUAAAGCAGCAAUGUAUUGUACUUUGCAUGUUUACCAAUUCAAAACAAAAGGGAAUAUCUAUAGAUUUUCAGCACACUUUAUUUAUUGUUGUUUUCUGUGCACCAUGCAUCUUUUCAGGGUCUCUACCUCAGUGAGGUCAUUGCAAACUUGCUGCACAGCUGCAAGCUUCAAUGCAGGGCUUCCUAUACCAUAAUGCAAAAUGGAACCUUAAGUGUAAACUGCAGACAUGCAAUAUUGAAUGUGAGAGUCCCAAAGCAUAGCCUUUACACAAGCUCUUAGAACAAAUAGUGCACCACAAUCUCGCUCCUUGUUUCACUCAAAGCUACGCACAAUCAGAGCAUUCAUUGGUAGAGUUUGUAGAGAUUCCUUUACUCUUCUUAUAGGAUGAGAGUGAAUGUGAUAAAUUCUAUCAGUAAGUUAGAAAUAAACACACCUGAUGUGUUUCAACACACAUCUGUGUGUCUGAGAUAAUGUAUAAUCUGUCACAUGGUGAUCCUUGGGCAUUACAACGUACACAAACGUGCAGCCCGUCUUUUUGCACAAUCAUUUCAUUCUGUUGCUUGAAUCUGUUUUGCUAUUUAGAUGAUUUAUUUAUUUUUUUUAUCUUUGUCAUUGUGGUUAUUCACAAGUAGUGCAUUGUUCCCGGCAGACUUAACAAAGUCAGAUUGGGACAAAUUGUAAAGACUACUUGAAACUUUCAAGCUACUGUACAUCUCUUCUCAAUUUUGAGAUAGAUUCAUCCAAAUGAUAGUUGAAAUUUUGUACUGUAAUGUACUGUACGCUCUUUUUGUUCAGCACUCUCCUGACAAGGUCCUGUGAAAAAGCUCCACUGCAGUGCUACUUGAAUGUCAUAGUUGUUUCUGUUGGUGCAUUGGCUGCCCUUUGUGGUGCUAGUACAGGACUAUGAUCAUUGUCUUAGCUUUCGACACAGUUUUUUUUUUUUUUUUUUCCAUUUUAUAAUUAUUGUUUAUGUGUUUUGUUGUUGGUGGCUGGGUCAGAAGUUAAGGGGACUGUUUGUCAUUUUAUUUGGAAUUGAUCUUUGUACUAUUUUGCUGAAGAGUAUCUGCCUCAGGCAAGGUUACCAUUUUAGAGCCUUGCUACAUGUCAGUAACUCACUAUGAGAGCAAAACAGACGUACUCUUGUGUCAGGGAUCUUUAUGGGGUUUAUGGUAUGGAUGAACAUCAAAUCUGCAGACACUAAUAAUAUCCAAUAUCAUAUAUUCUAAUACUAUAUAUAAAAUGACAUUAUAGUAGUCUCAUAAAUGCAGCUAUCAGGAAAUUUGCUUUGGUCACGAGUUUCUCGUAUGACUAAUGCUUGACAGUAGUGAUGUGUAUAACAUGUCCUGCAUGAAACAUUUCAAUGUGAGGUGAAGAAAAUACAAAUGACACCCUCACAUUAUCAGUGCUGUCGCUACUCUUGCUGUGAGGGCAUGUAUGGAUGGUGCUAUGCAUUUAAUUACCCAACAGAACAUGCAUUUUUAACAGCAAUAGAAUAACAGAUAACCUGUUUCUUAGAAGCUUUUUGUAAAAUAGGAAAAACAAAUCUGUUUUUGAAUGUCAGAGAAACUGCGAUCACUGGACAGAAAAUCAGAACAGGGCUGUUUCUGUACCGACCUCUUACCCUCAGUUCUGUGAUUGAUUAAGGCAAGUGGGCUCAAAGGGUGAGGCCAACAUCUGGAGAGACAACCAUUAAAAUCCAAAUAUAGGCUUUGUAAUCGCAGUGGUCUGCAUUAACCAUCCUGUUAAUGAGGCUGCUGAAGCAUUUAGAAGAACAUAUAAUAAAAAUCCAAAGGGAAAGCGCCCAUGAUGCAGUUCACAGAACUGAUCGGAUGUGUAAAAGAAUGUCAGAGAAGGUGCCUAAAUUGUUGAUUUUUUUUCUCAUUUGUUUAGCUUAACGUCAGAUGUUAUGCUUCUGCAAACAAACAUGAGUGAGAAGAUUAAAAAAAAAAAAAAAGACAUUAACUUGAUUAAACUUUAAGAAAAAUGAGGACAGAUACCAUUUAGCUAUAAUAAGAUAGAGAAAAGUAACUACUAUAUACUGCAAUUACAUAAGAAAUACAAUGAAUAAAUUCAAAUGUGUUUUUUCUUUUUUGUUUCUGUUUUUUGUGACACUGUAACAUGAAUAAUUUAGGAAGAACAUGCCAUAUGCUGGAAUGUCAAAGACAAUAUGUUCCUCUGGCAAAGCCAUGAUGAUAAAACUACUGUAUUCUGAUCAAUUACACUAAAAGAUGUGGACAAGAAGUGUACUAUUAUUAACAGAAACAUGUCUUUUUGGUUUCAAGAAGAAAAAAAUAACAGGAUUCAUUCAAACAUUGUCAUUUUUCCAGUCUCUACUGCUGAAAUGUACCUCUACAGAACCUGCAUGGUCAAUGGAAGACUGCAUGAGCUUUGCCUUUCAAACUGUGGAUCAACUAUUAUACAGUUGCAUCAUUUUAAAGAAACCCUUGCUUUCAUCUGCACCAAGGCUUCCUGUAAAGGCCCUGUUCAGAACCUGUGGUGAAACAUGUCCUCCGCUGGAUUCCUAAAAAGCACCUUAGCGCUGACCUCGUCACUGAGACGGCGUUGGGUAUUCGAGCCGUAUCCAUCGUCUGUGUGUGAUGUUCACAUUCUGCUAGCUGUAGGCUCUGAAUGUGAGCAAGGACAUUAAGGGCUAGUUUCUCAAUCUUUAUCUCUAUUCUCGGACUGAAGCGCUCUUUCAAAUGACACUGACCAUUCGUGGAAGUCUUUUCUCUCAGUCUAGACUGUAGUGAUACUGUGUUGUGGGAAACAUGCCUGUCAUGUCUAAACAGGGCCUGUGCCACACUCCCUCCUCUGUACCACAUCAGUUUAUAGGCAUUCUUGUUUGCUAGAGGUCUUGAUAAGUGUUGAUCAUGGAUGUGUGUCUGCCUGCUGAGAAGGCAUGGACCAGGAUUACAGAUAAACGUUGGGAUAUUGUGUGCCUCACUCACCACAAGCCUCCCUACAGGAAAAAAAGAUGAAAAAAAUGAAAAGAUCUUGUUUGUGUUAUUGGUAUGAUGAGUUUAUCCUUUACAUAAUGUAUAAUUGUCAGCAGGGAAGUCAGGUUGUUUUGGAGUAAAAGGACUGUUGAACAUGCAAACCAAACUCAGAUAUGUUAUUUUAUCCAGCCGUCAUUGUCAUGUUGUGUUUAACAAGGAUUAUGCUACAAUGUUUUCAGUUUGUCAGAUGAUGACAUGGCAUGGUCUGUGAUCUAUGCAAGGGUAAUUAUUUUUUUUCUUAUAUCACUUAUGAUUUCAUCUUACAUUAACUUCAAUAAAUUUUUAAGGAUC